CUCCUCUUCUUCUUCCUCCUCUUCCUCCUCUAUCCUUAUUCCAGGCUGGGAAUCAGCGAGGUGUCCGCCUUGUAGAACUUUCCUUUCUCUCUCUGAGAAGCCUUUUGGGUCGCUUUGGCCCCUCCGAGCUGGGAGGCGAGAGGCGUGCUUCCUCCUCCUCCUCCUCCUCCUCCUCUUCCUCCUGGUUUCCCUUUGGCACCGGCUUGGCUUGCUCCCUUCUCCCUCUCUUCCUCGCCUCUUUGGAAAGAGAAGCAUGAGAAGAAGGCUCCCAAAGCAAGAGGGGGGAGGAAAGUGACCACUCCCCCCCUCUCCUCCUCCUCCUUCUCUUCGUCCUCCCGGAUGCUUGGAUGCCGGACUGUUCCACCUGAGACCGAGGACGGGUGGGUGGGUCUCCGUGGGGGGGACCUGGGCGUCUUCCACGAACUUCACGAGAGGAGGAGGGCUUCUUUCCACCGGCUCGGAUCGAGCAUCAGCUGCCUCCAUCCCUCCCUCUCUCUCUCUUUCUCUCUCUCUCUCUCCGCACCAUUUGGGACCUCUUCCCCUACUGAAGGAAACUUCCUCGCCCACCCAAAACCGACCCCCUUUCCCUCCCCCAAAGUCCUUCCGACCCGGCUGAUUAUUGACUGAAAAAUUUACGUCUCAUCUUCCCUCCAAGAAGUCUAGAAUGAUGUAAAAUGGGCAAGAUCAUCACAUCCACACUUUGAGCAAUUCCCGACCUUCUGCAUUUUCCCCACAACUGCAAGGAGAUACCGCCACUCAUCAAAGAAUUUGUUGGUGUAGGACUCACCUGUUUAUGCCAAUUGAAAUAAGCUGAGGACAAAAGGGAAAAACAGGAGGAGAGAGAAAUGUGGACACUUUAAGAGCAGCUGAAGAAGCGGAUUGACCAAAGAGGAAUCCAGGCUCUCCCUGCCAGACCGGGACAGUUGGGAGGGAAGUGGGACGCCCCUUUGGCAAUCUGUCAGUGCCAAGCUCAGCUGCAUCCUUUCACUGAGUGAUUUCUAACCAGACUGACAGUCCUUAAAACAAGUAUGCAGUUAAGCUGCUAAGGGAUGGAGGAAGCGAGUUUGUGCCUUGGUGUUUCUUCAGCGGUGCCGGAAGCGGAUGUCCACCUCAACAGCUCCAUACUGAAUGGCCAGUACUCAAUGAGCCAGAAGUUACACCAGAUCACGUCCCAGCUCAGCCAUGCGUUUCCUGAAUUGCAGAACAGGCAGAACCCGGAGGAGAAGGCAUCCGCACUCUUAGAAGACAAGAGCCACGCGUCCAUAGCAAACCAGCCCAUCAGCAGUCAGAUGGCUCUGCUCGCCAAUCAACUGAACAGAGAGGUUGACACCACGUUGAAUGGGAGAGUAGACCUGCAGCAGUUCCUAAAUGGACAGAACCUUGGCAUCAUGUCCCAGAUGAGUGAUAUAGAGGAUGACGCCAGGAAGAACAGAAAAUACCCGUGUCCCUUGUGCGGGAAACGUUUCCGCUUCAACAGCAUCCUCUCGCUCCACAUGCGCACCCAUACAGGAGAGAAACCGUUCAAGUGCCCCUACUGCGACCACAGAGCUGCUCAGAAGGGAAACUUGAAGAUCCACCUGCGCACUCACAAACUGGGCAACCUUGGCAAAGGACGCGGGAGGGUCCGAGAAGAAAACAGGCUCUUGCACGAGCUGGAAGAGAGGGCCAUCCUGAGGGACAAACAGAUGAAAAGCAGCCUUUUGCAGCCACGAUCCGACAACAAAUCCCACCCGCAUUCCCAACCGAUGCCUCUUGCUAACUGCAAUUUGCCUGUGCCCACUAACCACAGCACCCCGGAUGUCUCCAACCCCGUUCCCUCUCCGAAACCUGCCAGUGUUCAGGAAGAAGUGGUAGCCACGGCUGCUGGAUUUAGGUGCACUUUCUGCAAAGGAAAAUUCAAGAAACGGGAAGAGUUAGACAGGCACAUUCGGAUCCUUCACAAGCCUUACAAGUGUACUUUGUGUGAUUUUGCAGCUUCCCAAGAAGAGGAGCUGAUCAGUCACGUGGAGAAAGCGCAUAUAACCGCGGAGUCGGCCCAAGGCCAGGGCUCCAACGGAAACGGAGAGCAGGCCGCCAAUGAGUUUCGAUGUGAAGUCUGCGGCCAGGUCUUUAGCCAAGCAUGGUUCCUGAAAGGCCACAUGAGGAAACACAAGGACUCCUUUGAACACUGCUGCCAGAUUUGUGGGAGGCGCUUCAAAGAGCCUUGGUUCCUCAAGAACCACAUGAAGGUCCAUCUCAACAAACUAUCCGUGAAAAACAAGUCCGCCAAUGACUCCGAAGUCCCUGUGUCCAUCGGCAGCAUGUCGCAGGAGGCUCACGCCAACCUGUACUCCAGAUACCUGUCAUGUUUGCAAAGUGGUUUCCUUCCUCCUGACAAAGCCGGACUCGGUGAACAGAACCAGACUUACAGCAAAGGAGAUUUGCCCAUGAAAGAGAGAGAAGUUCUGGGCAAGCUCCUGUCCCCUAUUGCUGGCAUUGGCCACGGCCUUGCUGAAGGCGACAAACAUUCGUUAUUGGGCUGUCUUAACCUCGUGCCUCCUCUCAAAUCCAGCUGUAUAGAAAGGCUACAAGCUGCAGCCAAAGCUGCCGAGAUGGACCCUGUAAACAGUUAUCAAGCUUGGCAGCUAAUGGCAAGAGGAAUGGCCAUGGAACAUGGUUUUUUGACUAAAGAGCACCAGAUCCAGCGAAGCCAUGAAGACACUUUGGCAAACGCUGGAGUUAUGUUUGAUAAGGAGAAGCGGGAGUACGUGCUAGUAGGAGCAGAUGGCUCCAAGCAGAAAAUGCCUGCUGAUUUGGUUCACAGCACUAAAAUGGGCAAUCAGAGAGACUUGUCAAACAAACUAGACCCUUUGGAAGGCAGCAGAGAUUUUCUGUCUCACGGUAUGAACCACGGGCAGCUCGAUUUUAACAUGCAGAGUCACAGCAAUGUGAAAGAGAAGCCAACCGAAUGCCCUGACUGUGGCAGGGUUUUCAGAACAUACCACCAAGUUGUGGUUCACUCAAGAGUCCACAAAAGAGACAGAAAGGCAGAAGACGAGAUCAUUCAGGCGAGCAUCGAAGAGCGACGUGGGUCUGGGAGCGACCAGGAAUCUCAAUCGGUCAGUAGGUCAACAACCCCAGGGUCCUCCAAUAUUACCGAGGAGAGUGGGAUGGGUGGAGGCCUCUCCCAGACAGGAAGUGCCCAAGAAGACAGCCCACAUCCUUCUUCGCCUUCCUCGUCAGACGUCGGAGAUGAAGUCGGGAGAUCUGCCGGGAUCCAGCAGCAGGCUUUGCUGAGAGACAGGAGCCUCGGGUCGGCCAUGAAAGACUGCCCCUACUGUGGGAAAACCUUCAGGACGUCACACCACUUAAAGGUUCACUUGAGGAUACACACAGGUGAAAAACCUUACAAAUGUCCCCACUGUGAUUACGCCGGCACUCAAUCUGCGUCACUGAAAUACCAUUUGGAACGACACCACCGGGAAAGGCAGAAUGGAGCUGGACCGCUUUCUGGUCAGUCUCAAAGUCAAGACCACAAAGAAGAAGCGUUGAGCAAAGGAUCCAUGUUCAUUAGACCCGAGGUCCUGAGAGGGGCUUUCAAAAGCCUUCCUGGUAUUGAUUUCCGGAGUGGCAUGGGAUCUCAACAGUGGUCACCAGGAAUGCUUUCCUCGGGAGAGCAUCCAGGCCACUCAGUUGGCAUGUCUUCAGAAGUUUCUCCUGACAAUAUGAAAAGUUCUGACUUAUCCUCCAAAGGGACACGCUUUUCCGAACUGGGACGAGCUUACCAUAGCAUGGUUGGAAAUGGGGUGAAUUUUCAAGGGUCAUUGCAAGCUUUUAUGGACAAUUUUGUGCUCAGUUCCUUGAAGAAAGAAAAAGAAAUGAAGGAGAAAGCUCUGUCUGACUGCCUUUCCACAAAGCCUCUAGGUUCAGAGAGUGGUGAGGAGAAAGUCUCCGGCAAGGCGAGGAAAACAGAAAAAUCACAAUAUGAGCCUCUUGAUCUCUCCGUGAGACCAGAUGCAACUAGUCUUCCAGGUUCAUCCAUUACAGUCCAAGACAACAUCGCUUGGCAUGGUUGCUUGUUUUGUUCUUUCACAACAUCAUCGAUGGAGUUGAUGGCUCUUCAUCUCCAAGCAAAUCAUUUAGGCAAGGCUAAGCGUAAAGAUGGUGUUUUAGGGUCAAUUCGAAAUGGUAAAGACCAAUCUAGAGAGGCCGUGGCUUCAGCAAACAAAGCCAACUUGCUUCCAACUUCCAUACAAUCCAACAAAGAUUCUGCAGUGACCAAUUUGAUUGGUCAGAUGGACCAAGGAUCCAAGGAGUCACCAGGUGAACAAAAGACUACUUCUUGGCCUGGCCACAUGGAUUCCACUUUUUAUAAUUUUGCAGCAGACUUCUAUAAGCAGUUUGGUGUUUAUUCUGGGGUGGUAGGAGCACACAAUUCUUGCGCCACUAGUGAAACUGAGAUCAAAACACCAUCUGAAGAUGAUUCCACCAUGUUGCUUUCUGACUCUGUAAAUAAAAGUGCUACUGAUGACCUGUCAGAUAUAGCUUCCUCUGAAGACAUGGAGUCAUCCAAGGAAGAAACCAUUGACGAUGAGGACAUUGAGACGGAACCCGAUCUCAUGAACAAACCGUUGUCCGGUGUGAACAAAGACGGCGCGGAGAGAGGGGACAGCAUACAAGGUGCUGCUUCCAAGGCAUCGCAAGGACUAAUGUCACCAUUGCCACCUUCUGAAAAGCAAUGGCACAGCCAGAGCCUGCUUCCUCCCCACGAAGCUGCACCAAGUGCAAUGAAACCUGAACAAGAUCACAGUCCACAUGUUCUAGAGAAGCAAGUAAACAUGUUGUCGGUCCUAAGAGCCUACAGCUCUGAUGGCUUAGCAGCCUUUAAUGGACUUGCAAGUAGCACAGGAAGUAGUGGAUGUGUCAAGAGACCUGACUUGUGUGGUCACCGGCCUUUCCAGUGCAGAUACUGCCCCUACAGUGCCUCUCAGAAGGGAAAUCUGAAGACCCACGUUCUCUGUGUCCAUCGCAUGCCUUUUGACAACAGCCAGUAUCCAGACCGCAGGUUCAAGCGCUCCAGAGUUGACUCCGAAGCUUCUGGGAAUUUCGAGGAACCUGCAGCUGUCAAACCUGGGAGCUCAGCAGAGUUAACAGAGGAGGGCAGCAAGGCCCAGGAGUAAAGCCGCCGAACAAAUCAAUCUGUAUAUUGCAAUAUUAUAUUCCGCACCGUUUUUAGAUAUGCAUUUGGGCAGCAGCGGGUUGGCUUAACUUCCUUGCCGAAAAAACAAAAAAAACAAAUGCUGUGCAAAUUCCCAGAAGCAUACAGGAGAUUUAAGACAUUAAAGAUAUAUAGAGAUAGAGAUAUAUAGAUAUUAAAAAGGAGGGAAAAAAGGAAAAAAAAAUAACCCCAGCCCUUGAAAAUGGCUGUUAAACUGUUACCUGGCAACAAGUACUUCCAAACAAUGUAGGUGGUGGGGAUAAAUCUAGUGGGUGUUUCCCCCCCCCCCCCAGAAAACGUGAGCAGGUUGUAAAAAAAAAAUUAAACAAAAAGGGCAUUUCCAGUAUGAAAGUGAUCUUUGUCCAGAAAUAAAACUCUGACCAGACUUCUAAAAAAGAAAAGGAACAA